AACACUCUUCAUCAUGCCGAGCAAGGUCUGUCUCGUGGGUUCCGGUAACUGGGGCUCAGCCAUCGCGCGUAUCAUCGGCGAGAACACCAAGAAGCUGCCCGAGACGUUCGAGCGCGACAUCAACAUGUGGGUAUUCGAGGAGCAAGUGGACGGCCGCAAGCUCACGGAGAUUAUCAACUCGGAGCACGAGAACGUCAAGUAUUUGCCAGGCUACAAGCUGCCGGAUAACAUCAUCGCCGUGCCAGACCUUCUCGAGGCCGUGCGUGGCGCCGACAUUCUCAUUUUCUGCGUGCCGCACCAGUUCCUAGGCCGCAUGCUGGUCUCUAUUAAGGAGCAGGGCCUCAAACAGGGCGCGAUGGCCGUCUCCCUUAUCAAGGGCAUUGAUUUCGACGAGAACGGAGUUGUCCUCGUGUCCGACCUUAUCCGCAAGGGUCUGGACAUUGACUGCAGUGUCCUAAUGGGCGCUAAUGUUGCCAAUGAGGUGGCCGCCGGCGACUUCUGCGAGUCGACGCUUGGCUGCGCUGAUCUGCGUCACGGAGCGCUGCUGCGUGAGCUGUUCAACGCCCCCACGUUCCGUGUGGACGUGGCUCUGGACCCUCACGGCGUGGAAAUGUGCGGUGCGCUGAAGAACGUCGUUGCUCUUGGCGCUGGCUUCUGCGACGGCCUCAAGUACGGAGGCAACACCAAGGCUGCCAUUAUCCGUAUUGGUCUGAGCGAGAUGAAGAAGUUCUGCUUCAAGUACUUCGACGGUGUCAAGGAGGACACGUUCUUCGAGAGUUGCGGUAUCGCUGAUCUCAUCACCACUGCGCGGAGGCUUUCGUGA